CAGUGGCGCGGGCGCGCCCACCUCGUUUGCGCGGUGACGUUGGCUCCUCUUCCUCCCCCUGGUGGCUCCCCGCUUCCUCCUUUCCACCACUACUGCCUCACAGAGACCGUGACCCGUCGCCUCCUCCUCCUCUCCUGCUGCUGCUGCUGCUGCCCUUCCGUGCCGUUUCCUCCUCUCUUCGCCGCGGCGGCGAUGUGACUCCCCUCUCCUGGCUCGGCCCGCCCCAGCUGCGCGGCGAACAUGGCGGAGCCUUCUGUUGAGUCUGCAAGCCCAGGAGGGUCUGCAACAUCAGAUGACCAUGAAUUUGACCCAACGGCUGACAUGCUGGUUCAUGACUUUGAUGAUGAAAGAACUUUAGAAGAGGAAGAAAUGAUGGAAGGUGAAACAAACUUCAGUUCUGAAAUAGAAGAUCUUACAAGGGAAGGUGAUAUGCCAAUUCAUGAGCUUCUUAGCCGUUACGGCUAUGAUGGUACUGUGCCACUACCAGAAGAGGAAGAAGAGGAGGAGGAGGAGGAGGAGGAGGAGGGUGAGGGUGAAGAUAAUGAUAACAACAGUGGGUGCAGUGGAGAAAAUAAAGAGGAGGUCAUAAAGGAUUCAUCUGGUCAAGAGGAUGAGACGCAGUCCUCCAACGAUGAUCCGGUGCCCUCUGCUGUACAGGAGAUAAUUCGCCCACGGCGGUGUAAAUACUUUGAUGCAAACAGUGAAAUAGAAGAGGAAUCUGAAGAAGACGAAGAUUAUAUUCCUUCAGAAGACUGGAAAAAGGAAAUCAUGGUGGGCUCCAUGUUUCAAGCUGAAAUUCCAGUUGGGAUAUCUAAAUACAAAGAAAAUGAAAAAGUGUAUGAAAAUGAUGACCAGUUGCUGUGGAAUCCCGAUUACUUGUCUGAAGAGAAAGUGAUCGAAUUCCUUAAUGAAGCCUCUAGACGAACAGGUGAUGAGAGAGGAAUAGAUGCAAUUCCUGAAGGAUCUCAUAUUAAAGACAAUGAGCAGGCUUUGUAUGAAUUAGUGAAAUGCAAUUUUGAUAUAGAAGAGGCACUAAGAAGAUUAAGAUUUAAUGUAAAAGCAGCCCGAGAGGAACUAUCUGUCUGGACAGAAGAAGAAUGUAGAAAUUUUGAACAAGGACUGAAGGCUUAUGGAAAGGAUUUUCAUUUGAUUCAGGCAAAUAAGGUACGGACAAGAUCUGUUGGAGAAUGCAUAGCAUUUUACUACAUGUGGAAAAAAUCGGAACGAUACGACUUCUUUGCUCAACAGACACGAUUUGGUAAAAAGAAGUACAACUUGCAUCCUGGUGUAACGGAUUACAUGGAUCGACUCUUAGAUGAAAGUGAAAGUGCAGCAUCUAGUCGGGCUCCCUCCCCACCUCCCACAACUUCUAACAGCAGCACCAGCCAUUCUGAGAGAGAGGACAACAGCACAACCAGCAACAGUAAUCAAAAUGGUGUAUCCACUAAUGGGCCAGGUGAACUAUCAAGUAAAGAAGAAGUGAAAAUUGAGGGAUUGCACAUAAAUGGACCAACAACUGGCAAAAAAAUGCCUCUUGUGGAUCUUGAUACAAAUGGCUAUGAAACUGAAAACCUUUCCAAUCAUUCUAAACUUGCUCAUUCAAAUUCAAAGAAUGAAAAUGAUCCUGAAGAAAAGAACGAAAGACCUGCAAAGAGGAGAAGAGUCAAUAGUAAUGAAAAGGAGAGUCCAGGUUCCUCAGAGAUUUACCCAGAAGCAGUGACCCAUGGAAAGUUUGAAGAACAGGAGAUGGUAGAUGACUGAAUGUUUGGCUUUAUUCCUUCAAGCAAUUUUCGGGGUGCCCAAAAUUUUCAGGGUUGGUAGGUUACCCUUACAGAUUCAAAUCCUUUAAUAUAAUUUAUUGAGAUUUUGAAAUACAUUUUGGUUGCUUCCUAAUCCUGACUGAAGAAGUUACAGCAUACCUUUAAAAUCUUGAAUGAUACAUUUAAUUGGAGCACUUUCUAUUGAAAAGGACUGCUUCCUGUUUAGCAUUUCAAGGAAAACAUACAUAAACUACUGUGCAAAAUAUACUCUGGAAAGUCAUCAAUGUCAAAUUCCAUAAUAGAUAGUAAAAUUGUAAAGCAGGAUUCAUAAAACAAGUGAGGAUCUGAUGAUAGUUUAUCAGUCCAUAGGAAGAGAAGCAAUGUUGGGUGAUUAAGGAAUGCCUGUAAAUCCUGAAAGUUGUAUGUGAGAAAAUAUUUUUUUAUAUAUAGAAAUAUUUAAAAAUAAACCAAGUCAGGUUUGUAUAUGUAAAAUUGUUGACAUCAGUGAUGUCUUUCCAUAUUCUUAUCUGGAUAUAAGAGAUACAUUCUGUAUUUUUCCAGAUUCUUUGUAGCCUUUGAAAGAUUUUUACAAUACUUAAGUCAUGAUUGAGCUGUAAUUUCUAAAAACAAGUGUGUAAUUUUCAUAACUUGUACAGUAUUGUAAACUUUUACGAGAUUUGACCUGUCAGCUUCAUUUUAUUUUGCUAAAGCUUUUUUAUUAAAAAAGAGUAAUAGUCAUGUUUCAGAAAGCGGUAAAAAUUUUAAAUAUUUAAAAUUCACACCCAAUUAUGAAUAUCAUAAUUUUUCAAAUUUCUAUCUUGAGACAAAUGGUGACUUAGAAUUUUGGAAUUUAGGAUGAUGCUUUGAUUGCACAAGUGUUCUUGCUUUUAUAAUUCUUUUUCAGAUUUAUUUUUAUGAUGAGACAACCUUAAAUGCUUUAAUGUUGCUAAAUCUUAUUAGCCAAGGUCAGGCAUUACAUUGUUCAUUAAUUAUUUUUACAUUUCAGUGAGCACAGCAUAGUUGUGAAAUGGGUCUGGUAGCCUUGAUGAGGAACAAAUGCACAGCUCAUAUUUGGGCCUGAUCAUACAUUCCAAGGAAUUCACUUGGAUUUAUGCUGCUUACUGUUUCUUAGGAAGCAGAAGAGUCUUUGAAUAAUUAUUGCAUAUAUAUGUAUGAGUAUGCCCGUGUCUGUGAGGUACUGUAAAGGCUGGUAACCUUUUUUAAAAAAUAAUUAGCUAGACAGAAGUCCUUGACAAUGUGGCAGGAAUAGUCCCUGUAGCCAUGCUUCCCAUCCAUAAGAGGAUUUGGAUAAUGGCCAUGGUAGAGGUUUGCCAUGUUUGUCCCUUAUUGCCAUGUAAAAUGACUCAUUGGAAGUAUUGUUUUUGUUGCUUUUACAUCAGGCUAUCUGUAGUUUUCUCCAUCUACUUGUCUUGAGGCUUGCUUUAAAAGUUACAACCAUGCUGUUUCAAGUUGGCCUGAUAACUCUGUAACUUGGCAAAAUGUGUGAUGUUUGGUCUUAAUUAUGUGAACCUCCAUUUCAUUGUAGAUGUCACUUAAGUUAUUUAAUUAUUAAUAGAGCCCCCUGCUUUCUCCUGAAAUGUUUUGGCAGAAUAUGUGAUCUAACUUACAGGGCUAAUAUUUAUUUUCCAGAACUAAGCAGCAGUGUAUCUCCCAGCAGGCAUGACUUGCCUCUAUAGAUUAAACUCUUCAUCUUGUAAACUGAACUGUUUUUGGGAGGUGACAUAGUUGGCAAAAUCCAGAUUUGUUAAAUAUGGGAAUCCAAAGUUUUCAUAGCCUCGUAUCAAAGAUUGUCUCUAUAAAGUAUGUUAGAGCACGGCAGCACAAUGCUUUUAGAAAUCUUAUUGCAACUAUUUUUCUUUCUUACCUAUCUAUUUUGCAAGUAGAAAUGCUUGCAAAACAAUUCAUAGGAAAGUUUCUAAAUAUAUUGUUCUCAGGCUUGUAAGUAAAAUAUAGCACUGUGUACAUUUUCAGAAAUUUUACUUUGGUCUUUGAUCUUACUUUCAAUGGUAUGCCUAAGAAAAGUCCUGACAUUCCAUAAUCAAUAUGUAAUGCUCAGCUGUUCAUUAAGUAUUUAAUUGUAAUGUGCAUUUUGUUUAUCCAGGUGUUUAUACAAUUAUUUUAUUCAUGUUCUUUAAAAUGCAGCCACUAUAACUUGAUAAGACAUUGCACUAGUAGUACUAUUUAAAAUUCUAGUAAUAUAGUAACCUGUUCAAGAAGCUUUCAGUUCUGUUUGGAAAAGAAAAAAAUACUGCUUCCAAAUUGGAUUGAAAAGUCAGUGCAGCUUGUGUAUAGUAAUUGUAAUGUAUAUUUUUAAGCACUAUUGUGUCAUGAUCCAUGAAGUGCAUUGCGUGCCGUCUGAAUCAAACCUUCAAUUCAACAGGUCUGACUGUUGGACUUUAUAAAAGGGUUUAAAGUGAUAUUUUGAAAGAAAUUAAAAAUUUGCAAAUUAGUUUUUAUAAAUUUUUCACAUAGUACUUUUGCACUGUUGGUAAUCCCUGUGUCCCUUCCCUAGUUCACCAUCUGCAAUUCUGGAAAAGCUGAUUAUAAAGUAUUUUUUUAAACACAUUGCUUACAUAAAUACAACUGAAUAUAUUAAGAGUGGAACUUCUGUUUCUUUUAAGAGAAGCGUUUGUCACUAAAGCUUGUGGAACUUUUCUGAUGGUGUAUUUGGACUAUUCAGUAGUAGUCUUCACAGUCAUGCACACUGAACGUUACAUGCGUGUUAUACUGAUGUAUCAUUAACAUUUCAAAACAAUCCAGGUCAGGAGAAGAGAUUCUUGAAGCCAUAGCUCUAUGUUUAUUGUAUGAUCAGCCAUGACUUAUAUGUUACAAAGCAUUAUGGGAAACAAUGGAAUCCAUCACUUAUUGACAUGCUGCUGGGGUCUUGAGUGACAAUAAUUCGAGUCAAAUGCUAUUCAAACAAAAUUCAUUAUCGAAGUGGUGAGUAGAAUAGUACACCUAUAUUGUGAUACACCAACCAGAUAUACUUAUUUGCAAACAUUACCAGUAACACAUUUACCUGUUACUGAAAAAGAAACUGGUUUUGAUUCUGAUAAACCCAGUAAUAAAACCAACAAAUUUUAAAACUGAGACACAAAAAAAUUGUCUCAAAAUUUAUUUCUAAGCCAGUACAAAAAUACAUAUGGACAUAAAAUUCCUUCUGGUUUCCUCUUACUUACAGUAUAUAAAGCCUACAGAAUAUACCUU